AUGUCUGUGUCAACUCACUAUGACUAUUUGGAUCUCCCUUGUCAGGCUGGUCAAGAGUCGUUCCGUUCAAUAACCAGAUCGUACUACCGCGGCGCUGCAGGUGCGCUACUCGUAUAUGAUAUUACGCGAAGAGACACAUUUAACCACUUAACUACUUGGCUUGAGGAUGCUCGACAGCACGCAAGUCCUAAUAUGGCUAUUAUGCUAAUCGGAAAUAAGACUGAUCUGGAGUCGAAGAGAAAAGUGUCCAAAGAGGAAGGUGAACAAUUUGCCAGAGAAAACGGAUUGGUGUUUUUGGAAACAUCCGCUAAAACAGCUGAGAAUGUCGAGGAGGCCUUCAUCAACACCGCAAAACACAUAUAUACGAAAAUUCAGUCAGGAGAAUUCGACUUGUCUAAUGAGUCUAACGGUAUCAAGCUAGGUCCACAAGGACAAGCAUCGCAGCAAGCGGGUAGAGCCGGUGAACAAACUGGCGUCAGCAAAUGUUGUCAAUAGAUAAUAUUAAUUCCUUCUUUCGAAUUAAAAGGCAUAAAUCAGUCA